AGGACCGCGAAAGUUCAGCAAGUUGAAAAAUCUUGGAGAAAACGGAAUUUGCAAGGAUUUUUAAUGUUUUCUUCCAACUUCUUGGCUCUUUAGGGUCUAGACAGAAGACCUGAGUUUCAAUUUAUUCUUCGUACGUGGUAAAAUAGUGGAUUUAUUGGCAAAAUGUCAAACGAAAUCGAACAAAGAGGCAAGAAAAUUAUGGAGGGUUUCAAGCUUAACUGGAUGAAUCUAMGAGAUGCUGACAAUGGUAAAAUAUUAUGGCAAGGAAGCGAAGACUUGUCGAUUCCAGGUGUUGAACAUGAAGCCAGAGUUCCUAAAAAGAUAUUGAAAUGCAAAGCAGUUUCUAGAGAAAUCAACUUCUCCUCACACGAAGAAAUGAAUAAAUUCAGACUGGAACAAAAAGUAUUGUUUAAAGGAAAGUGUUUAGAAGAAUGGUACUUUGAUUUUGGAUUUGUGAUCCCAUCAUCAACUAACACUUGGCAGUCACUCAUCGAAGCAGCCCCUGAAUCACAAAUGAUGCCUGCUAAUGUCUUGAAUGGGAAUGUUGUGAUAGAAACAAGGUUUUAUGAUGCCAACCUACUAGUCAGUACUUCAAGAGUCCGUGUUUUCUACGUUUAAACCUGAACCCUUCACUCCAUCUGCAACUAAUUUACCAAAUUGUACAAAAUUAUUUUCAUUGUAGAGUUAGUCUUUUGCAAUAAUUAAUAGAUUAGACCAAAAUG